AUGCUUAGAUUUCAUGUGCAAUCAAGGAAGAAUGUGGGUGUUGUCUCAACUCUCUUUCAAGCUCCACAAGUGGGAGCAUGCAACUAUUUUCCUGCACUUCACGCCCGCAAGCGAAACUCAGAGCCUGAGCCACUUCUCAAACCAACCAUUAUCAAAGAAGUUUCAGAGGACGAUGAAGACGACGACAACGUUAUCUUGGAUGACUUCAAAGAAGAUGAGGUAUCAAUGAAUGAUGAGGGUGAUGAUUACUACGAAGAAGACUCUGUUGAACUCUAUGCUGGAGAUGGAGGCGGAGGAGGUGGAAUUUCUCUUGCUGGGGUAUGGUGGGAUAACAAAGCAUUAGAAAUAGCUGAAGAAGUUAUUCUGUCCUUUGAUGGUGACCCAAAAAUAUACGCGUUUAAAACAUUGCCAAAUUUCACCAUCCAAGUGCGCAUUGAGAAGCUUUUGAAUAGAUUCUAUGCUUGCCAUGUGUAA